AUUCGGAUUGCAAAAAUCGUUCCUGCGAUUCCGAAGAAACUCACAGUUUGAACAUCACCUGUUUCGGGAUGCUGGUCGAUUGUUCACCAUUUUCUCAGAACAAUAAUGGAAAUAAUUGAGUUCAAUAAAUAAAGUUAUGUGUCUAUUCAACAGUCAACCAGACAGCGAGCCAACCAGCGGCACGAGCAUGGCUCCUCCCACCGGUCUGCCGACCAGUUCGGGCGAAACGGAGCUAGACGAGCCUCAUAGCGUGCCUGGCAUCGGCGAGGAGGAGGAGGAAGAGGAGCUGACUCACAUCCUGCAGCCGGACAGCCUGAGCCAGCUGGAGGAGUUCGGACGGCACAAGCGUGGUCGAAAAGUUCACCGAGGCCAUGGGAGGCCCCGCCUCUUCAGUGACCUCUGGGUUCGCUUUGGGGACGGCACCGCCCUGCCCCCUAACGUGAGGAUCAUCAACGGUUAUGUGACAGUAGAGCCCCCGCUGACCCGCCCGGAGGACCACGUCACGGCUCCGCCCUCCUCCACGCCGUCCGGCCCCACCUCAGCGCAGGCGCCAUCGUGGAUCCACAACACACCGUCACUGACGUGCGCGUUCGCCUGGCUGUUGUCGUACGUGCUGCUCAUCUCCUGACCGCCGGGAGUGGAGAUGAGCAGGGGUGCAAUCUGCCAUUGUAAAAAAAAAAAAAAAAAAAGACUACCGCAACGCGCUCGACAGAUAGGCAGGAAUGGUCUGGCUAAUGCUGCCAAGCCCCUCAAAAAGCUGCCAGGCAUGUGGGUCGCACAUGUUGGGGUCACACAGUGAGUGGACUGCAAGGAUCUAAAGGCCUUCACACCACAGGGAAGAAAACUCACCGGAGAACUCGCCUAUUUACAGUUGGUGCGGUCGCAUGUGGUGGCCAUUACAUCAGUGGACCUCAAACUGGGAUCCGGGAGCCACAGUUUGGGGGUCCGCAAAAUGAUUUGAUAUCAAUUGUGUUUUAUCAUUUAAACAAAGUGCCUAAGGGGGAUCGGUGCCAAUAAAACAUAAACCGGGUACUCCUGCCUACUUCAGUUUCGGGACAGAUAAACAGAUAAACUGGUAUGAUUGUGCCGUAUUAGCACAUGAAACGAAAGAGAUACGAGUGACCUAACUUGAGUUACAGAUUGUCAAAAAAAAAUAAAAAAGGAGCUUCAAGGUGGUGACUGCCACACCUUGUUGAAGUUUAUAGUCAAAGUUAACAUCAAACAAAGAGAAGUGCACCUUGCAUAUCACAACAACCACACAAAUGUGUCUUUAAGCGUGCUAGCUUGAUGCACACAAUGUAAUGAAAAGCAUCAGUCACUCAAUGUUGCUACGGCCUGAACGACAAGGAUUUUUUUUUGCCAAUUUAAAAAUCGUUCAUUUUGGCCAAAAAAGACAA